UUACUAGUCGCUAGAAAUGAGCAAAAGCAAAGAGUAGACGGAGAGAUUUUUAGGGUUUCGAAACAAGAGCGAUGGCCGAUGAGGCAUUUGGCGGGUCUGACGAGUCUGCAUUUAUAAGUGCGUCUGGUAGCUACUUAGACAUAGUUUGCAACGAUGCCUGGGAUGUUAAAAUUGAUCCGUGGUCCAUGCGUCGAGUAUCUGUCAAGAUGUCUGACAUUAUUGAUAAAACAUAUGAAGCAUCCGAUAACGAAAGCGAUUAUACCGUGGAUGUCUCUAGCAACAUCAUGAGGAAGGUUGUUACCUAUUGCGUGAAGCGCAACUAUCAGUCCGAAGACGAUCCCGAUAAACCCUUCUCCACUGAGGAUGAGAAGUGGAUCCGCGAGGAAUUCAGCAAAGAAAAAGAUCCUAAGAAGCUCUUCGACCUUUACAAGGCUUCGGUUUACCUUGGAUUCCCACACCUACGUGAUCUGAUCAGAACGAUCGGGAUGGAGAACGAGAUAUUCCAGCGUUGUUUAGGAGAUAAUACAGACCGCAUACGCAAGGAAAAGGAGAAUGAAAGCUUUCUUGCAACUCAUCAGAAAAUACUGAGUUCGGUGGUUUUACCAAAACUUGAUAACCAAUCCCUGGUUCGUUUCGGGGCUUUGUGCAAGGGCGCCUCCAAAGUCGCUGAGCCCCUGAUCAUUUCCCGCGGCAUCUUUUUGAACCAUUUGAUCCCAGAGCUCAACCAAUACCGCCACAAUCAUAUCCGCCUGGAGACACAGGUUAUCUUGGUCAGCUCUGAUGGGGUUAACUUUCCCAUUACCGAAAGAGCUGCUCUUGAAUCAACUGUUUUACGUGUUUUGAUUGCGGAAAACUAUGAGCAUCUCCCAACUCGUCAUGCUCCCAAGAAACAGCAGAUCACCCACACUGUGCGCAUCAACAACAAGAUUCUCACGGAAGUCAUUGCCUUCUGUAAUUUAGCUUCUACAAACAAAGAUGAGGCUAUGGUGUGGGUAAUUAAGUCUCUCGAUUCAUCUAGCAAAUCUACACUUGGUCUCAUCAAGGCUGCGCAAGAGCUACAGAUUGACGGGCUUCUUGACUGGAUAGCUGAUGAAAUAGCUACUAAAUUGAAGGCCCAAACAGUUGCACGGAUCUGUCAGACUUUGGGCUUAGAAAAUGAAGAAAGUGAAGAGGAGUACGAGCAAGUAGUAGGCUUAUGCUAUAACAGCGAGGAGGAGGAAGAAGAAAGCGAGAAGGAGGAGGACGACAAGGACGAGGAUGAAGAAGAAGAUGAGGUAUCUGAAGAGUCUCCAAAAUCUGACGAUUCUGCAAAAUGAGUUCAUCUAGACUUAAUCGCAAGAUUAGAGAGAUCGGUUGACUAUCUGCAAAUCCCUCUCUUUAAUCUCUCUGUUUAAUGUCUUGGUACUGCUUUUUUAAGUCUCUGCUUGUAGUUGACAUUAAAAUGUGAGGAGUUAUUGCUUCUGCUCUUUUAAGUUUCUGCAUGUUGUUGACAUUAGUUAUUGACUUAUUGUCUUUAAAAAAAUGACUAUUAACACGAUUAAUAUCUUCUUUGUUGU